UUGAUGGGAAACGAGCACACAUGACUACCAUCAAAUGCGAUAUGGAACUGUUGAUCGCUCACCAGGAUGUACACAGUAAAUAGUUUACCUAAAUGGGAAUUUGGUUGUGGCGAAUUCAUGAUUUGUAUAAAACAACUGUUAGUAUAGAUCUGUUAUUUACCAGAUGUUAUCUUCUGCAUGCCUCUUGACGCCAGGUGACAGACCUGUUCAGGAUCGCACCAGCCUCCAGCUAACUUUGCAUUCUGUACUAUACAUUGAUCUUCGAAUCGAAUUGAUAAAUGUAAUAAUAUCACUGCUUCCAUUGUUUUGUCCGAUUGCAAGUUAAUGUUGAUUCUAAUUGCAGAAAUAGUAAAAAAUGCUCGUUAUUAAAAAUAUUGAGGUAAAUGCUCGAAAUAUACCAUACCUUUCAGCAUCGUCGAUUGACUUCACGCGAAAAUGAAAUAUGUGCCCAGUGUCCACCGGACUGCUCAAAAUACCAGCGAAGGUAGUUAACAUUGCGAUUGAUGGACGUCUCCUGAUUAUAGUGAGUAACCAACUUGACUGAAAAAGAAUUUCUAGGGGUGAUACGGCUGGUCGAUAUUUUUUAUCGUUGCUGAUAGCUACGUGGUGCUGCGACAAACACCUUCUCCAGUAUCGUAGAUCAACCGUGUUAGCACUAACACUAUCAUGAGGAUAUGUUUAAAUUUUUUUUCUUUAAAAAUAUAUUUAUAUUAUGUUAUACGAUACUUUAUGAACCAUGAUCCAGGAAGUAGAGUAGAUUCUAUAAGAAUAACUCGCUACACGGUAAGAAAGAGAACAUUAUUUGAAUUUAACAUUUGGAACAGGCAGGCAACUUUAUGAAAAAGGUAUUAACUUUUCCAUUUUGUGAUAUGUCAAACUCUAUUGUAACAUAUUGUGAUAUGUUUGUAGCAAAAGAUAAGCAUACAAAAUAUGAUGUACUAUCUGUAUUAUUUAUCCUUUGAAAAUAAUACACGUUUAAAUCAUCUAUGCAACGUAAAUGAAUUCCCUUACUUGCUGUUUUCACUGAAUGAGUUUCUUGAAAUAGGUGAGACCAUUCCUGGACAUCAGUUCUUUACAUUUCCUUCGUUGAAUUCGAUUCCAUCAUCGAUGGAUGGGACGAUGCGCGUGUACAAUGCAACGCUAUGGAUUCGACUGGAGUUAAAACUGAAAGCAAAGAAAGCUAAUAAAGGAGCUGCAAUAACGGGCAAUGAUAACCACUGGAUUCAUGGUGCAAACAAGGCUCUCGUGUUGUGGGUAUUUCGCAUUAUCAACGGCUCUAAGCCUGCGGAAACGAUGAGCAAAGAAGAGGAAUUCUCGAAGCACACGGAGAUGAUUGCGAAACAUACCAUUCCCUUAGAAUCGGGACUCGGAUGGCAGCAGAUCGAUCUGACGAGUGCCGUCCGACAAUGGCACGGCGAAAAGCGUAACGAUAGUCUUAAGUUGUUUGUAGACUGUUCCGGCUGUGGGAACAAAAUACGGGUUCAUAUUUUUGAGCAUGCAUCCAAUCAUCAUCAUCUGCAUCACUUUUCUCGUGUCGGAUUGUACGACAGCAAAAGACAGAAACCAUUGGUCAUGAUGAAUGGUGCCCCGAGAUCGAUGGUAAAAACAAAGUAUGCUAAGAGCCAGGAAGGAAAAGCAGUUUAUAGAGAAGUCACAGAUGAUGACUACAAUCGUCCUCAUUUGUUCGUCAGUAUAGCUACGACGCAGGUUAGACGAUUGCGACGGCGUGCACUUGAUUGCAGUGGUGCACCCAAUGAGCAGUGUUGUAAGCAAAAGUUUUACGUAGAUUUUAAGGCGCUGAAGUGGGACGACUGGAUUAUACGGCCACACGGUUACUAUGCAAACUACUGCAAGGGAAGUUGCCAUUUAGCAGAUAAAUUCAGCACUGAGUAUCACUACGUAAUUGAUCAAUAUCGUCGGCAGGGGAACAGUGGACAUAGAGGAUUGAGUAAAAUGCACCACAAGUCGGGAAGUGGAGCCAACGGCGGUGGUGGCUCUGGUUUGGCCGGCAUUCAUCAAUGUUGCGCCCCAGUGAAGUAUUCGCCGAUGUCUCUUAUAUUUUAUGGCCCUGAUGGACGCAUUAUUAAACAGGACCUGGCAAAAAUGAUCGUUGAAGAGUGUGGCUGUCCGUAAAUUUAAAUCGAAACGGCUUUCUACGAUGCAACGUUGUCCGAAGGAUGUAAGGAAGAUAAAUGUGAUUGUACUUAUUAGUGGCCAAUAAACUUAUGAGAC